ACAUACACACACACACACACACACUGCUUUCACGCAAGGACAGCGCAGGUCCCAUCACCGCCUUUCACUCGGCCAUCUCAUUUUUCAUUCCCUUUGCACUGUAGGGGUUUAGGACAAAAGAGACCAUUGUCUUGUUGCCAUGGCCACAGCGGGACGGGUGCUGUUGGUGUUCACGCUGGCAGCGGGCUGGUGCCUUGGUGGAGGGGUGGUGGAGGAGCCCAGCGUUGACCCCAGGGAGGGGUGUUCCCGCUGGAUGGGGGGGGUGCCUGGGACCCCUGGUCUGGACGGACAGCCAGGGAGGGACGGGAGAGAGGGGCGUCCCGGAGAGACCGGAGAGAACGGAAACCAAGGGUCCAGGGGGGAGAGGGGGGAGCCCGGGGAGCCGGGGGGGGAGGGAGGGCUGGGGCUACGGGGUUUCCCUGGCACGCCAGGUCUCCAGGGGAACAGGGGAGAGAGCUCCUUCCCGUACCGCUCAGCGUUCAGCGUGGGCCUGACCUCUCCCACCUCGGCUGUGGACACGCCCAUCAUGUUCACGAAGACCUUCUAUAACGAACAGCAUCACUAUGAUGACAUCUCGGGAAAGUUCCGGUGUUUUAUCCCUGGAGUGUAUUACUUCACCUUCCAUCUUACCGUGCAGGGUGAGGGGUUACGGGUUGGUCUUUACAGGAAUGGGCGUGUGGUCUCCCUGACUCUGGACCAGUAUUUGACCUCUGACCUUGACCAGGCCUCAGGGAGUAGUGUGCUGACCCUUGCAGCUGGAGACCAGGUGUGGCUGGAGGUGUACGGCCCAGAAAUGGAGAACGGGGCCGUUUUUGCAGACAUCACCAAUGACUCCACCUUCACUGGCUUCCUGAUCCAGCCCCGCCUACCCGUCAGCCCAUUGGCGCACCACUGGCGUUGAGAUGUCACACGAUUUGUGACUCCUCCCAUCACCUCAAGCUCCUCCCUGUUAUCUCUCGUGUGCCCCUCCCCUUCUCCUGUUGCCUCCUCACUGCCUUGUGUGGAGAGGAAGGUUAAGUUCCCUGAUCGUUGACUAACUCUGUCAGGGACAGGACAUUGUCUCUCUUUUUCCCUUUCCUCUUUCCUCCUCUUCUCCCUCCAACUCCCCUCCUCAACCCUUUCUUCUCUUCAUUCAUUAUCCAUUUGUCAGCAUCCAACUGGCUCGUGGCCCGGAGUGACAGUUAGUGUGAGACUGUGGUCCAUCUUCCUGCUGGGUGAUAUUUACAGUCCAGUCUCAAAUUAGAUUCUUCCAAAAUGAUCUACAAUGACAAAAGGUCACACUGCCAAUUUAGAACAGCAUGCUAGAUGAUUCACAGACCAGCGUCAAAUGAACAUAGAAUAUGACUCUGUUGUAUUGUAACUGUCAUGUUAUGGAUAUUAAUAUACGGACAGUAGUGGUUGGAUGAUCAAAAAACUAGAAAUGAUCAUUUUGCGUGGCAAAUCAUGGUUUGUGAAGAGCCUCGGUCGAGUGUAUUGGGGAAACAGAGCAUCCCUGCUGCCUCAAAAUGCAUCUGUCUCAGUGCUGUGAGUGGCCCGUCUCCAUGGACACUGGAGCCAUGGACAUCAGUGUGUCUGAGUGCUCCUGGAUCAAUAAAGUUGAGUUUCUGCUCUC